AUGCAGGUGAAUCCCAUGUCGCGCCAGACAUCAUCGCCGCUUCCUGCCGAUCUCGCAUCACUACCCAGCGACUUCCUCGACCACCUCCUCCUCAUCACCCAGACGCUCGUCAACUCAAAACCACCGCCCGCCGUCCGUCGUGCCAUGUCGCGCGACCCAACACGGGUUGACAAACAAUCACAGAGUACGUGCAUUCGUCGACCUUGCGGCCUGCAGCCAUACCCUCUUAGAUCUCACGUGAUACUGACGCUCUCUCCAUAUCUCUUCUUUGCAGACGGCGACACAAGCCGAAAGGACAUUGCGGACGAUGUCGCCUCCAUCGACCUUGACAGCCCAACGCACGAAGUGGAAGGCACCGUCAGCUUGCCCUUGCCCCAAUUCAACUCGGAACACAGCGACGAGCGCACCAGAACCAUCGAGGAAAACCUCAGCAAGCUUGCAGAGCGCCUUUGGCGAGCCGAAGAUCAUCUCGAGGUGGUCGCCCGCAGCCAGGAGAUCGUACGCACGCCAGGUGCCGAGGAGGAGCCUUCAGCCGCGUCCCACGCUCGUAAUCUCUUCUUUGGCAAGCCUUUCCCCUAUCCACUCUCGCACGCACAACCGCAGAGCUCAACGUAUCCGCUCAGCUACCCGCUCGGCAUGGGUCUCAACGGCCCCGUUCUGCUCGGCGGCCAGCAUUCCCGCAGCGACGACCCCAUCGCCUCGUUCGAACGCUACAACGAUGAGAGCGGCCUUUCGGCGCAGGAAGAGUUGCGUCUGCUCAAGGCACAAGUCCAGGAUAUCGCACGCGUCUGCAAGGCUGUCGCCUUCGGAGAUCUCACUCAGCACAUCACCGUUCCCGUACAAGGUCACGUCAUGGUCGAACUCAAGGAUAUCAUCAAUCAGAUGGUCGACCGUCUCUCGCAUUUCGCCGCCGAGGUCACCCGCGUCUCGCUCGAAGUAGGAACCCAAGGAAAGCUCGGUGGUCAGGCCGAGGUGCACGGCGUAGAAGGUACCUGGAAGGAACUCAAGGACGUCGUCAACCGACUUGCUGCCAAUCUUACCAACCAGGUACGAGGUGUUGCUCUCGUCACCAAGGCCGUCGCCCGCGGCGAUCUGUCGCAAAAGAUCGAAGUCGAAGCCGACGGUGAGAUCCUCGAACUCAAGGUCACCAUCAACGUCAUGGUGGAUCAACUCCGCCACUUCUCCACCGAAGUCACCCGUGUCUCGCGCGAGGUCGGCAGCAAGGGUCAGCUCGGCGGUCAGGCCAACGUCCCCGGCGUGCAAGGUGUGUGGAAGGAGCUCACCGACAACGUCAAUCGGAUGUGUUCCAACCUCACAGGUCAAGUGCGUUCCAUCGGUGUUGUCACCACCGCCGUCGCAAAGGGAGACCUCACCAAGACGAUCGACAUCGACGCAGAAGGAGAGAUGGCGCAGCUAAAGGACACCGUCAAUUCCAUGGUGGGCCAGUUGCGUAUCUUCGCCAGCGAAGUCAUCCGCAUGUCGAUGGAAGUAGGAACGUACGGCAAGCUCGGCGGUCAAGCGCACGUGCCCAACGUCGAAGGCACGUGGAAGGAUCUCACCGAGAACGUCAACAAGAUGGCCGACAACCUCACUUCGCAGGUGCGAGAGAUCGCGCGCGUCACUAAGUGCGUAGCUGAAGGUGUGCUUACCGAGUUCAUCAACGUCGACGUCAAGGGUGAGAUUCUCGACCUCAAGUUGACUGUCAACAACAUGGUUCGUCAACUCAAGACCCUCUCGGACGAGAUCAUCCGUGUCUCCGUCGAGGUAGGCACCGAAGGUCGUCUCGGUGGACAGGCCAAGGUCAACGAUGUCAAGGGUCAGUGGCAAGUGCUGACCGAACGAGUCAACGGGAUGGCCAGCAACUUGACCACACAGGUGCGCUCCAUCGCCACGGUCACUACGGCGGUCGCGCGUGGUGACCUCAGCAAGACCAUCAACGUCGAGGUUCGCGGCGAGUUCCUCGACCUCAAGCUCACCGUCAACAACAUGGUGGAAUCGUUGCGCACCUUCUCGUUCGAGGUGACCCGAGUGGCCAAGGAGGUCGGCACCGAAGGCAAGCUCGGCGGUCGUGCAACAGUGCUCGGCGUCGGUGGCACGUGGAAGGAUCUCACCGAUUCGGUCAACACGAUGGCGGCCAACUUGACGCUCCAGGUGCGAGCCAUCGCCCAUGCCACCACAGCCGUGGCACGCGGUGACCUCACACAGAAGGUCACCAUCCCCGUCUCGGGAGAGAUGCUCGACCUUGUCAACACGAUCAACAACAUGAUUGACCAGCUCAGCUUCUUCGCCUCCGAGGUGACGCGUGUCGCUCGCGAGGUAGGUACCGAGGGUAAGCUCGGUGUGCAGGCGCAGAAGAAGGAUAUCGAAGGCACCUGGGGCGAGAUCACCGACAACGUCAACAUCAUGGCCAACAACCUCACCUCGCAGGUACGCGCCUUUGCCCAGAUCACGGCCGCUGCCACCGACGGUGACUUUACACGCUUCGUCACCGUCGAGGCGUCCGGUGAGAUGGACUCACUCAAGACCAAGAUCAACCAGAUGGUGUACAGUUUGCGCGACAGUAUCCAGAAGAACACAGCGGCCAGGGAAGCAGCUGAGCUGGCCAACAGGUCCAAGUCCGAAUUCUUGGCCAACAUGUCGCACGAGAUCCGAACGCCCAUGAACGGUAUCAUCGGUAUGACGGCGUUGACGCUCGAGACCGAGCUGUCGCGAUCGCAGCGUGAAAACCUCGUCACAGUUUCGACGCUGGCGGGCAACCUGCUGGCCAUCAUCGACGACAUCCUCGAUAUCUCCAAGAUCGAGGCGGGUCGCAUGAAUGUCGAAGAGAUCCCCUUCUCGCUGCGAGGCAUCGUCUUCAGCGUUCUCAAGACGUUGUCGGUGCGAGCGACGCAAAAGAAGCUCAACCUCAUGUACGAGGUGGCUCCGGACUGUCCAGAUCCGUUGAUCGGAGAUGCACUCCGUCUCAAGCAGAUCAUCACCAACCUGAUCGGUAAUGCCGUCAAGUUUACCGAUGCAGGUGGACGAGUCGCGCUCAAGUGCAAGCUCUCCAAGAUGGUGGGUACCGAUCAGGCCAUGCUCGAGUUUUGCGCGUCAGAUUCCGGUAUCGGCAUCAAGCAGGACAAGCUGGACGUCAUCUUUGACACCUUCUGCCAGGCCGACGGCUCGACUACGCGAAAGUACGGAGGUACAGGUCUUGGAUUGUCGAUUUCAAGACGACUCGUCAACCUCAUGGGAGGUGAUCUGUGGGUGCGAAGCAACUACGGCAAGGGUUCCGACUUCUUCUUCACCAUGGUGGUCAAGCUGGAUCAGAUCUCGCCGGACCAAGUCAAGGAGAAGAUCCGCCCCUACGCUGGCCGCAACAUCUUCUACCUGGACACACUACACGACGAGACGGGUGUGCAAGCCAUGCUCGAGGACCUUGGUCUGAAACCCUUCACGGUACACAGCGUCGACGAGGCAUCCCAUCGCAAGCGUGGCAUGCCUCGCAUCGACGCCAUCAUUGCCGAUUCGCUCGCUGUGGUCGAAGACCUGCGCAAUGUCGAACAUCUUCGCUACAUCCCCAUCAACCUCGUCUCUCCCGCUCAACUCACGCUCAACCUCACCUACUGCCUGGAUCACGGUAUCAGCUCCUACAUCAACACGCCCACUUCGGUCGCCGAUCUGUACUACGCGCUACUACCAUCGCUCGAGUCUUCCGCAGCUACGCCGACGGAAGGAUCCAACGAGGUGACGUACGACAUCCUGCUUGCCGAAGACAACGUGGUCAACCAGAAGCUCGCCUGCAAGAUCCUCACCAACCAAGGACACAAGGUCGACAUUGUGGACAACGGACACUUGGCGGUGAUGGCGGUCAAGAAGAGAGGGUACGACGUGAUCCUCAUGGACGUCAGUAUGCCUGUCAUGGGUGGUAUUGAAGCGACCAUGGCGAUAAGAGAGUUUGAAAAGACGCUGGGCGAUGAUCAGGUGCCGAUCGUUGCGUUGACAGCACACGCCAUGUUGGGCGACAAGGAGAAGUGUCUGCAGGCGGGGAUGAGCGCAUACGUGAGCAAGCCGAUCAGGAGGGUGGAGCUGAUCAGUACGUUGCAUUCACUGCUGAGUCAGAAGAAGAGUGUUGGGGGGAGAGCGUGA